AUGUUCCGUCCAGUGUUUUAUAGUCGGUUGGCCAACACCGCAACCUGGUUCCGACAUGCUUCGACGACCGUUAAACGACCUCAGGUAGGGAUUUUUUGAUUAUUUUGUUGAUUUUUAGGGUUUUGGAAUGACGAGAAGAUAGUAAAACGUAAAUGGGGUGGUCGUAUUUUACCUUUGUGAGCCUUGGAAAGUCAUUUUUCACAUUUUUUUAUGAAACGUUAUAUUACUUUAGGGUCAAAAAGUUUUUUUUUUUUGUGUUUUAGUAUGUCUAGACCGUUUUUUAAUGCAGAUUGAUGUUUUCCAUGGGUCUAUGGUGGUUUUUUGAUUAGUUAAAUGCGAUAUUUAAGGAAAAUUUAUAUUACUUUAGGUCAAAAAUUUAAGUAUUUUUGAUUGUAUAUGGGUUUGAUUUUAAGUCUACUAGAGAGAACUUCGUAUUUUACAAGCAAAUUGGCUUCUAAUUCUAGGUGACCAGUUCCAAACCGUCCAUCAUAAACCAAGAAUCCUUUAUGAAUGGAACCACCAAUGUUUAUGUGGAGCAAAUGUACGAAAGCUGGCGCCAAGACCCCAACUCGGUCCACGCCUCAUGGGCGGCCUACUUCCGCAACGUUGAAGCGGGCGCCCAGCCGGGACAGGCCUUCCAAAGUCCGCCGGCACCCGCCUACAGAGGCGCGGCGUACUCGGCCAGCCUUCCCGCAACUCACGCAGCUCCAUCUGUUGCCGCCGCCGCAAGUGGAGACAUCAGUCAAGCCAUCCAUGACCAUCUGAAGAUUCAGCUGCUCAUCAGAAGUUAUCAGGCAAGCGAUUUUUGAUAUUGUUCUUGAAAUUUAGGUGAUUUUGGAAGAAUUUUGAAGAUAAAUCCGAUAUUGACGAUUUAAAUUGGACGAUUUUAGACUCGAGGUCACAAUAUCGCCGAUUUGGACCCUCUGGGCAUCAACAGCGCCGAUCUGGAUGACACCAUCCCAAGAGAACUGGAGCUCGAUUUUUACGGGUUUACUGAAAAGGACUUGGACCGCGAGUUUGUCCUGCCUCCAACCACCUUCAUUGGUGGAGAAAAGACCACAUUGCCCCUCAGGGAAAUCCUUUCCAGGCUGAAGGUGAGAUUUGAUGAAAAUUUUAUAUUAUUUUACAGACCUACUAGGAGGUCCUGGAAAUUUGAUGAUUUUUGAAUUUUUAGAACAUUUACUGCCGUCACACUGGAGUGGAGUACAUGCAUUUGACCAACUACGAGCAACAGGAAUGGAUCCGUCGUCAUUUUGAAGCCCCAAGAGUCACUGAACUCACCGUGGAACAGAAGAAAGUCCUGUUCAAAAGAUUGAUCCGAUCCACCAAGUUUGAGGAGUUCUUGGCAAAGAAGUGGCCCAGUGAAAAGAGGUUUGGCCUAGAAGGGUGUGAAGUCUUGAUCCCGGCGAUUAAGCAGGUAAGCGACAUCUGAAAGGCAACAAGUUGUCAUGGAUAAUAUAAAAAUGUUUUGAUUUUUGACAAAAAUUGGUUGGAAUGGAAGAAACAAGGCUUUUUUGUUAUAUCUGAAGCUGUUUUAGUGACUUCUCUGGCUUUUUGAUACACUUUUUGACAUGAUUUUUAUUAAUUUCCCCCACUUUUAGGUGAUCGAUCGCUCCUCCACGUUGGGAGUGGACUCGGUCGUCAUCGGCAUGCCCCACAGAGGACGUCUGAAUGUCCUCUCCAACGUUUGCCGCCAACCCCUGGCCACGAUUCUGUCCCAGUUCUCGACCCUCGAACCGUCGGAUGAGGGAUCAGGAGAUGUGAAAUAUCACUUGGGAGUUUGCAUCGAACGCCUGAACAGACAGUCUCAAAGGAAUAUUAAGAUUGCUGUGGUGGCUAACCCAUCUCAUUUGGAGGGUAUGUUGAGGGUUUGAGCGUAAAAUUUUUAAAAAAUUAUAUUGGUUUAGGUAAGGGGGUUAGAUUUGUAUUUUUUGGGGGGAAAAAUUAAGUUUGGUAAUGGUUUUUGGUAUUGUUUUAUUGUGAGAUAUCUUUAAAUUGAUGUGUUAGUGGUUUAGACUAUAAGAAAUACUUUUUUUGACUCUUUCUUAUCAAUUUUUUAGAAAAAAUUUGCUUUUUGGGCAAGAAAAUUGUAAAAAAUGAGAUUUUUUUGAGAUUUUUGAAUAUUUAAUGCCGGAAUUUGAUGAUCGAAUAAUAUGUUGGGGUCUUUAAUUCCACUAUUCCAGCUGUGGACCCCGUGGUGCAAGGCAAAGUCCGCGCCGAAGCCUUUUAUUCGGCGGACGAUCGCUGCGAUCGCCACUUGGCCCUGAUGCUUCACGGUGACGCCGCCUUCUCGGGCCAAGGCGUCGUGAUGGAAACCUUCAACUUGGACGAUCUCCCCUCCUACACGGUGAACGGCGCCAUCCACAUGGUCGUGAACAAUCAAAUCGGCUUCACCACCGACCCCCGCUCCUCCAGAUCGUCGCCCUACUGCACGGACGUGGGUCGAGUUGUGGGCUGCCCCAUUUUCCACGUGAAUUCCGACGACCCAGAAGCCGUAAUGCACGUGUGCAAUGUGGCGGCUGACUGGCGCAAGACCUUCAAAAAGGAUGUGAUUAUCGACUUGGUGUGCUACCGAAGACAUGGCCACAAUGAACUCGACGAACCCAUGUUCACACAACCCCUGAUGUACCAGAGAAUCAAACAGACCAAACCUAUCCUUGAUUUGUAUCAAAAAUCGAUUAUUAGUGAGGGAGCGGCCGACGAAAACUACGUCAAGGAGGAGCUGAACAAGUACGGACAAAUCAUGGAAGACGCCUACGAAGAGGCGAAGAAAAUCACCACCGUCCGCAACAGAGACUGGCUCGACUCCCCCUGGGACGACUUCUUCAGAAACAAAGACCCCACCCAACUGUUGCCCACCGGAAUCGACCGAGAGAACAUCGAACAUGUGGUGGGGAAAUUCAGCUCCAUUCCGGAAGGAUUCCAUCUGCACAGAGGCCUGGAAAGAACCCUGAAAGGAAGAGCGAAGAUGCUGGAAGACAAUUCGCUGGACUGGUCCAUCGGAGAAGCCCUGGCGUUUGGAACUUUGCUCAAGGAAGGUAGGUGAUGGAUAAGAUAAAAAAUUUUUGGAAAUGAAAAUUUUAAAAUUUUUGGAAGUGUUGAAGAAUUUGAUUGAUGGAGGAGGGAAGUACAGAGUCUGAGGGGUUUGUUUUUGAGAGGUUGGGUGUCUGGAUGAACGGAGAUUUGCAUAAAUUGGGGAAAUUUUGGAGAUUUUAACGAGGAAAGUACUUCUAUGGGGUAUUGAGUUAUAGGUCGAAAGAUGUAUCAGAAAAUUGCAAAAUUUUUUUGAUUCAGAAUAUGUAAAAAUUAGCUGCCCAAUUUUGGUUUGUAAAGGCGAAAAAAUCCUCAGAACUUUUCUCGCAACACCACGCAACACCACGCAAAUCCAUUUUUUGAUCAAGUUUUUACCAAUUCAAAGGCUUUGUUUGGAGCUAAAGUAAACCCUGGAAGCUUGAUAAGCCUUAAAAUGUCAAAUUUGAAUCGUACUACACCUUAACUGCAGUUCCAACACCACGCAAAUGCUCUUUUUUUACAUUGGAACUACUAAUUAGGGUGUAGUAUUAAUCAAAUUUGAUAUUUUAAGGCUUGCCAAGAUGACAGGGUUUACCCCUUUAGCUCCAAACAAAGCUUUUGAAUUGGUAAAAACUUGGUCAAAAAGGCAUUUGCGUGGUGUUGCGAGAAAAUUUCUGAACAUUAUUUUAGGACAAAAACCACCUUAUUUUACAAGGAAAGUACUUCUAUGGGGUAUGGAGUUACAGGUCGAGACAUGUAUCAAAAAAAUUGCAAAAGUUUUCUGAUUCAGAAUAUGUGAAAAUUAGCUGCCCAAUUUUGGUUUAUACGGACGAAAAAGCCCUCAGAACUUUAGUCGCAACACCACGCAAAUGCCUUUUUAAUCAAGUUUUUACCAAUUCAAAAGCUUUGUUUGGAGCUAAAGUAAACCCUGGGAUCUUGCCAAGCCUUAAAAUAUCAAAUUUGAUUAAUACUACACCAUAAUUAGUAGUUCCAAUGCAAAAAAGGGGGCAUUUGCGUGGUGUUGGAACUACUAAUUAAGCUGUAGUAUUAAUCAAAUUUGACAUUUUAAGGCUUGUCAAGAUGCCAGCGUUUACUUUAGCUCCAAACAAAGCUUUUGAAUUGGUAAAAACUUGGUCAAAAAGGCAUUUGCGUGGUGUUUCGAGAAAAGUUCCGAGGGUUUUUUCGCCCUUAAAAACCAAAAUUGGGCAGCUAAUUUUUACACAUUCUGAAUCAGAAAAAUUUUGCGAUUUUUUGAUACUUCUCUCGACCUGUAACUCCAUACCCCAUAGAAGUACUUUCCUUGUUAAAAAAUCCAAAUUUUCUCCAAUUUAUACAAAUUUUCGUUCAUCCGGAAACUCAAACUCUCAAAAACAAACCCCACAGAAUUCUUGUUCAAAAACUUUAAAUUUGCAAAAAAUCUUUCUUGUUUUUAGGCAUUCACGUCCGCCUGUCCGGUCAAGAUGUUGAGCGAGGAACUUUCUCGCACCGUCAUCACGUUCUGCACGACCAAAAAAUCGACCAGAAAGUGUACAACCCAUUGAAUGACCUCUCCGAUAAUCAAGCCGAAUACACUGUCUGCAACUCGUCGUUGAGCGAAUACGCGGUCCUCGGAUUCGAACUGGGAUACGCCAUGGUCAACCCGAACGCAUUGGUCAUCUGGGAGGCGCAGUUUGGAGACUUCUCGAACACUGCGCAGUGCAUUAUUGAUCAAUUUAUCUCCUCGGGACAGUCGAAAUGGAUCCGACAGACAGGUAAGAGAAGGUUUUUGUAGUAUGUAAUUACAUGUAAGGGCAGUUAAGGAGGUUUGGGGUGUUUUGGAGGGGAUUGUGGAAAAUUUUUUACCUAGUGUAAUAUAAAUUUUUGAAUUUUUUGGCAAGAUUAUGAUUAGAUUGUAUGAAGUAUGGUCGAAAAGAGGCUUUGUGAGUGUUAUUUGUUCGUUUGAGAGGGUUUUCGAGAAAAUUUUUUAGUUUUUUAUAAAAGUUAAUAAAUUUUUGCCCUAAAUUUAUUCAAUUUUUUUCCAGGCCUGACCAUGCUCCUCCCCCACGGCUACGAAGGAAUGGGCCCGGAGCACAGUUCGGCCCGCCCGGAGCGCUUCCUGCAGAUGUGCAACGACGACGACGAGAUCAACUUGACCAAGGUGACGUUGGACGAAAAAUUCGUCGCCCAACAACUCCACGAUACCAACUGGAUUGUGGCCAAUUGCACAACACCCGCCAACAUCUUCCACUUGCUGAGAAGACAGAUUUAUUUGCCGUUCCGAAAGCCGUUGAUUGUGAUGACGCCGAAGAGUUUGCUAAGACAUCCCUUGGCCAGAAGCCCAAUUGAAGAUUUCUUGACCGGCACCAGCUUCCAAAGAGUCAUCCGAGAGGAUGGACCUGCCGUACAGAAUGCGCAGAAUGUAAAGAAGGUCGUGUUUGUGUCAGGUGAGAGGGGAAUAUUGUGGUAGAAAAAUAUUGAUAUUGCACUGGGAUUUUUGCAAAAUUUGGGGGAAAUUAAGUGUAAAAAGAAGGGAAAUGACUUUUAGACCAGGAAUUAGGACGAUUGGGGGAAAAGAGAAUGGGGAAAAGUACGAUUGGGGAAACCGGAAGGUUUUUUUUUGAUGCAAGUGUGAUUUUUGAAAGAAAAGAAGGGGCCAGUAAGUCUAUUUUUAAAUCACAAGCUUUUCCCAAACAAAAUUUUUUUGACCAAAAAGUCUUUAUGUUACUUUUGGUAUAACUGAUUACUAAAAAAUCAUAAUUUUAGUAUCGCAAAGUGUCUAAAACGGAACUGGGACGAUUGGGGAAAAAGAGAAUGGGGAAAAUACGAUUGGGGAAACCGAAAAGUAUUAUUUUUCUUCGAUGCAAGUGUCGAAAUUAGGAUAAUUGAGGGUGCCGAUUUCGAAAAUGACAUUCAUUUUUGUUUGAUUGUUACUUUUUUCCUCAAGUAGUACUGUAAAGUAGUAAUUUUUUGAAAUUUUUUCAUAAAUACUCGAUUUGGGGGCUUUCGAUGGUGCUGGUUUCAAAUUAGAAAACAUGAAUAAGAUUUUCGAAAUCAGCACCAUCGAAAACCCCUAAAUCGAGUAUUUAUGAAAAAAUCGAAAAAUUACUACUUUACAGUACUACUUAAGGAAAAAAGUAACUAUCAAAAAAUGGAUGUCAUUUUCGAAAUGAGCACCCUCGAUUAUCCUAAUUUCGACGCUUGCAUCGAAGAAAACUAAUACUUUUCGGUUUCUCCAAUCGUACUUUUUCCCCAAUCAUCUUUUUCCCCAAUCAUCUUUUUCCCCAAUUCUCCGUAGAACGAGCAUUUGGGCCAUUUGAAGCUUAUUAAACCAUGUUUUAGAAAAGAUUUACGGGAUUUUUUACUUGAAUUUCGAGCUUUUCAGGAAAAGCCUACUAUGAAAUCGCCAGCGCCCGAAAAGAAAGAAACCUCGAUGACACAAUUGCCCUAGUCAGAGUGGAACAGAUCUGCCCCUUCCCAUAUGAUGUAAUCAAGGCCGAAUGUGACCGAUACCCGAACGCACAAAUCGUCUGGGGCCAGGAGGAACCGAAGAACAUGGGCAGCUGGACGUAUGUCCAACCGAGAAUCAACUCGUUGAUCAAAGAGUAAGUUAUUUGGAUGUAUUUAGUGCUUGAAGAAUUGGUUCCCCGUAUUUUAAAUUUUUUUUGGGAAAUUCGGCGGUGUUUUUUUUUUGAGGGCAAGACUUGACCCAAAAUUUUGUAUGUUGAGUAAUCUGUUGCUUUCAGAAUUGAAAUAUGUCGUAUUUUUUCAGUAGAUUGCUAUGAAAUAGAGCCGGGCAACGAGGGAGACACUUGACCCAAAAUUGAUCAUAAAUGGGUCAAGUGUUCCCCGUGAUAAAAAAAGGCCCAGACAGUGUAAUUUUUGGUUCUCUUUCAGCCAAAACCGCGUCGUCACGUACGUUGGUCGCAAGUCUGCCGCAUCCCCCGCCACCGGCAACAAAUACACUCACAUAAAGGAACAAAAGGAACUCGUCGACGACGCCCUUUCUUAG